AUGUAUGCUUUGAUCACCAAGAUCGGCGCCCUGGCUGUGGCCUCUUUGGCUACCCAAGCAGUUGCCGUUCCUUCAAACAGCAAGCCCGAUCCUUUCUCGAAUGCUUCAUGGCCUCUGCCCCACAACAUCAGUGGUGUUUCGAAUCCUGGAGCCAACGAAAGCUAUCAAGGAUGGGGCGGCGUUCAUCUCCAUGAUCCGUCCAUCGUCAUGGGCCCCGAUGGCCACUUCUACUCAUUCUCAACUCAUGGCUUGGUCGUCAUUAGCAGGGCUUCCCAGCCGAACUCGCUAGAUGGCUAUUGGGAGCCCAUUGGCUCGGUGCUGGGGGGCUCUAGCAUCAUCAACAAUACUGGAAACACUGAUCCAUGGGCCCCUGAUGUGCACAAGGUCGGCGAUACCUACUACUGCUACUACGCUGUCUCGCAAUUCGGCAGCCAGUUCUCCAGCAUCGGCCUUGCGACCUCAAAGACACUCAGGCCUGGCAGCUGGGUCGACCACGGUGCCGUACUUACCUCCAACACUACCGCCCCCUCGCCUUUGAACAUCACCAACGCCAUCGAUGCAAACCUCUUCAUCGAUCCCAAGACCAAGAUCCCUUACCUCACAUAUGGCAGUUUCUGGAGUGAUAUUUGGCAAUUCCAACUGGCCAAGGAUCUUCUCAGUGUAGUGUGGACCCCUGCACCAGUGCAAUUGAGUUUGGAUCCUGUUAGCCCCCAGGCAGAAGAGGGAGCGUACCUGAGCCGUCACGACAGCUGGUACUACCUCUGGUACAGCCACGGUUCAUGCUGCGGCUACAACGUCUCUGCUCUCCCUGCUCCCGGUCAAGAAUACUCCAUCCGCGUCGGCCGCUCCCGCUCAGCCACCGGACCCUUCGUCGACCGCAACGGUGUUGACCUCAGAAACGGCGGCGGCUAUAUCAUCUACGGCAGCCACGAUUACGUCUACGGCCCUGGAGGCCAAGCUGUGCUCACAAACUACCACGGUCGCGAUGUGCUUUACUACCACUACGUCAACACUAUCCAGAACCCUACCUAUGUUGACGAACUCAAGUUGCUGGGCUGGAACUACAUCAAUUACAUCCAGGGCUGGCCUGUUCUGUCCUACGACUAG